GUCAGGUGCUAUUGCGUACUGCUUUGGUGGAGGUAGAGAUGGAUUAUUCUUUUGAAAUAAAGGAGUUGAUGGAUUCUCCUCUUCAUUCAUUAUCUCAUCCAUUUAUGCUCUAGGUAGGUAAGAUGCUGUUGCAGACUUGGAGGAGUGGCUGCUACUGCAGCAAAAUGGGCUUGUCACAUUAAAAAUAAGGCGUGGUAUCUUCCUAAUUAGCUUACAAAUUUAUAGAGCUCCAUGUCAAAUCCUAAAACUAGUCUUGCUAGACAGAGAUGGCAAAUCCUGAGAGCUUCCUUAAUAAAGAAUGCAAGUAGACCCUUACCAUGUUCACCAGAUUCAGCCAGUGUUAGAAGAUUAUCAACCUUUAACUUGUUUCAAGUAGAAAAAACUCCAUCUCCAAAUGAUCAUGAUAGAAAUGAAUGGCUGCUUUAUAAAUACUCACCUCUAUCAGUUGUUGUUAGCAUUGGAUUGCUACCUCAAGAUUUCAGCUUAAACGAUAUAACAGGUUACAAUAACACAGGCAAUGUAUGCAUUUGGCCGUCUGAGGAAUUAAUGGCAUUUUAUUGUCUGGAGAAUAUCUCACUAUUCAAGGGAAAGAGCAUUUGUGAAUUUGGAGCUGGAAUGACCGGAUUAGCUGGUUUAAUGCUUGCCGCUACUGGCGUUACAGGCAGGGUUGUACUAACAGAUGGUAAUAAGAAAUCUGUUCAAAACUUGAGUUCUAUUAUUAGCGUGAAUGGAAUCAAUCCUGAUCUACUCACAGCUCAUCAACUUGAUUGGGAUGCGUCUAAGAUUGAUACUGAAUAUAAUCACUUUAUUGCUCAAUUUGAUGUCAUCAUUUGUGCCGAUUGCUUCUUCUUUGUUGACGUGCAGCAAGACUUAUUAUACCUAAUGCAUAGGUUCCUGAAAUCUAAUGGAAAAGCAUAUCUAUUUGCUCCAGAAAGAAGUGGGACUUUUCAACAGUUUCUCAAAAAAGCAAAGAAGUAUUUUACUGUUGAUGUAAGGCACAACUACCAUGAAACUAUAACUGAUAAACGUAAGAGCUUUGAAACUUCUGAGCCCUCUUAUGAUCCUAAUCUGCAUUAUCCUUAUUGUGCAGUUUUAGAAUACAAAUGUUAUUGAAGUAUUAUUAUAAUGUACAUGGAACAUAUGAACGCAUUAUAUAAUAUUAAUAUUAUUAUUAUUAUUAGUC